CUAAAAUCGCGCAAUGCAUUUAACUUCCUUGUGGCCAUUUUGAAAACAGCAGCGAAAUGGCUGGUGAUAUUUUGGUUGGUUCUAUAGACUUUGGAACAACGUACUCAGGGUGGGCAGUGAUGUUUUCUCAUGAAUUUGAAUCAGAGCCGACGAAAGGAUUUGUGAAGCAAUGGCAUUCGGGAAGCUCGAUAAUCACAGAGAAAACACCUACAGUGGUUCUUAUUAAGCCAGGUGGCAAUGAACUUGAAGCCUUUGGGUACGAAGCUGAAAACCGUUAUAAAGAGCUUAUAGAACAGGAAGAGCACGAGGGAUACUACUACUUUCAGAGAUUUAAAAUGAAACUUCAUAAGCAAAUGGGGGAUACAAUCGACUUGAAUAUGACGUUGUCGGAUGAAAUGGGGCACAAACUGCCUGCAAUUGAUGUUUUUGCUAUGGCAAUAAAAUACCUUGUUGAUGAUAUGCAUGAUGUAAUCAAAGACAGAAUGUCCGGAGUUAUUAAGAAGUCUGAGGUUCAUUGGGUUAUCACUGUUCCGGCUAUUUGGACAGACUCAGCAAAACAGUUCAUGAGAAAAGCUAGCGAACAGGCUGGAAUUGAUGAUCGCAAAUUAAGUAUCGCACUUGAACCAGAAGCGGCCUCUAUUUUCUGUCGCCAUUUGUCAGUUGAAAAAAGAAUCGACACUACUGAUGUAUGCAUUGCUUCCUUCCCAGCUGGAACAAGAUACAUGGUGCUAGACGCUGGAGGUGGUACAAUAGAUAUUACAGUCCAUGAAGUCCAAGCUAAUGGCGCUGUAAAAGAAAUACAAGCAGCAAGCGGAGGUGGCUGGGGUGGUACUCUUGUAGACCAGGCGUUUGAAAAGCUGAUCAUUGAUUUAGUAGGAAAAAGGGUUUAUCAAGAUUUCAAACAGGAAAGCCCGGAUGAUUGGCUAGAUCUUUGGCGUGAUUUUGAACUGAAGAAAAGAACAAUUAAACCUGAUAAAGAGACAAAAAUUGUUAUGAAGAUACCCGAAACUCUUCGUGAGCAGUAUAAACGUAAAUUCCGAAAAACCUUUAAAGAUGCUGUUGAAUCAUCUUCCUAUGCUGAAAAUAUUACAUUUGUUGCUGACAAGAUGAAGUUUGACGCAAUCGUAUUUAAAAAGCUUUUUGAUGUUUCGUUGACCAAAACAAUACAACAUACGGAAAACCUCAUUAGAGAUCCAGCCGUCCGAAUUAUUAAAGCCAUUUUAAUGGUUGGGGGAUUUUCUGAGUCCCCUAUGCUCCAAGAGAGGGUGAAAUCCUGCUUUCGUGGCAUUGAUGUCAUCAUACCUGCUGAAGCGUCCUCGUCAAUAUUGAGAGGAGCGCUUAUCUUUGGACAUAGUCCAACUUCGAUAUCAGAACGAGUACUGAAGUAUACGUAUGGCGUAAGGGUAUUUCGCAAUUUUAAAGAAGGCGAAGAUCCAGAAAGCAAACGUGUAAUGACCGAUUCGGGACCUCAAUGCAUGGAAACAUUCGACAAGCAUGUAGAGAGAAAUAAAAAAGUAAAAGUAGGAGAGCCACAGAUAAAACAAAUUUACACACCAAUCGACAGGAAUCAAAAAAGCUUAACCUUUCCCAUAUUUGCGUCAGAGAUGAAGGAUCCCAAAUAUACUGAUGUAGGUUGCAAAAUGAUCGGGAAAAUGAAGAUAGAACUGCCAGACCAUGAUGGUGACUUGUUGCGUGAAGUUGAAGUGAGCCUUACAUUUAGCGGUACAGAAAUUGAGAUGACAGCUCAGGAUGUAAAAACGGGGAAAUUAGAAAAAGCGUCCAUUAAUUUCCUCGGAUAAUCAGUGAAUGAAAAAAAACCCAACAAUUUAAGGUAAAUAAGACUUGCAUAACUAAAAAUAAUAAAAGAAAUAAAUCAAACUCUGUAACAAUUUAAUAUUGUAUUGAACUAUUUUGAUGACAAAACUACGGUUAUAUUAUAAAGUGUGAUUGCUUUAAGACACGUAAAUAGUCGGAGUCUAAUAGUCAAAGUCAGAGAGCCACAGAUAAAACAAAGUUACACAACAGUCUACAUUGAUCAGAAAAUCAUCUGUUUCCCAUAUAUGCGUCAGAGAUGAAGGAUCCAAAAUAUACCGAUGUAGGUUGCAAACUCAACGGGACAAUGAGGAUAGAGCUGUCAGUCUAUGAUGGAGACUUGUCACGUGAACUUACAUUUAGCGGUACAGAAAUGGAGGUGACAACUCAGGAUGUAAAAACGGGGAAAUUAGAAAAAGCAUCCAUUAAUUUCCUCGGUUAAUCAGUGAAUAAAAUAAAAACAAUUUAAGGUCAAAGACCUGCUAAAUAAGACAUGCAUAAUUAAAAAAAGUUAAUGAAAUUAGUCAAACUCUGUAACAAUUUAAUAUUGUAUUGAACUAUUUUGAUGACAAAACUACGAUUAUAUUAUAAAGUGUGAUUGUUUUAAGACACGUGAAUAGUGGAAUUAAUAUUAUGAUAAUGCACAAAUGCAUUCCUGAAAAAAUAUGUUUUGUGUUUUUGCUUAAUUAACAAGUAUCCAUGUUUUCUUUUAAUAAUCAAGAUAAGUAAUUCCAAAUUUAUCCUCAUAUGGCACAUUGAUAUUGUAUUAUAACAUAAAAUGCUGUAUAUUUAGACUAUGAAUGUUUUACAAAUAAAAUGUUUAUCGGCUUGAUAAAAAACAAAUCUUUUGAUAAUGCGAGUAUAAUGAGUGAAUUGAAAUGAUUUUAGUUGAUAUAUUCGCAACACGAUGUGACCAAGAAUUGACAUAACGUUGUACAAAAUGAGGGAGAAUGCUGUUCCAUUCUAUUUGUAAAACAUAAUGUACCCCUUCUAAAAUUAUCAAGACAUACCUCUGCAAGCAUCUAUUUUUCGAUAUUACACAAAUUAUGCCCCAAACCCCAUGUACAGUUUCUUUUGCGUUUUAGUACUUUUUUUCGGCAAACAUUGAUAACUAAUAACUUUGAAUUUGUUUUUCUUUAAAUUGAAUACUUAAAUAUGUUAUUAAAUAUGUAUGUUGACAUGCAUUUUUGUGUUUAAUUGUGAAGAUAAUCCAAUGUAAAUGUUGUCGAAUUACAAGUGUUUUAAUAAUUGAAAAACACAUAUAAAUUUACUACAUUAAUAGAUGAUAUAUUGACUGUACACAUAGACUUUUACUUUUCAAGAAGCAUAAAUAUUAACUGAUGGUAAAAGAAACUACAAUGUGUCAACUUUAUAAGCAGUAAAUAUAAUGUUACAUUUUAUUUCAUCAAUAGAAUAUCUAAUAUUUAGUUUAAAAAGUCACCUAUAUCGGAAGAUUCUAAAACAUCGUUGUUGUUGUUAAAUUACUUUGUAUAGCUUUACAUAAUACUUUUGCAUGAGAUGAGAGAAAAUAGCAAUAUAAUUCAUAAAAGUGUUACAUUUCAUUUGCUUUUAAGGUAGACCAUGGCUAAUGGGCACCAUUAGGAACUGUAAAAUUGACAACAUAGGACUGUUAUAUGUCUUAAAGGUCAC